CGAGGAUGCAUACUCAUUCAAGCAUGCAUCAAGUGACUUGCAGGGGUUGCUUCUUGGCUACAUUGUUGCUGCCAUCUCGCUGCCGUCUGCUCUGCGAUCAGCGCAAACAGACAAGCAAACAAAUAAAGAGACAAUACGUGAAGGCAGCUGAAAGGCGGGACUUCCUUCCGGCUGUCACCAGAGUUGAGGCUGUUUAUCUCAGUGCGCAGACACACAGUCCAGCCCAGUGCGGGAUCAGAUAGCAAAGCUUCCUCUCUCCACACAAUGCUGGUCCAACUGCUGCUCCUCCUUUGCGCCCUCCUACCGCCUGUCUUUUCCCUCCACCACCCGACAGAGCGUCCCAAACUGCUCCUUGUGUCCUUUGACGGCUUCCGUUGGGACUAUGUGGACCGGGUCCCCACGCCGAACUUCCACCUUCUGAUGCAGGAGGGCGUGACGGUGGAGCAGGUGGAGAACGUGUACAUCACCAAGACGCUCCCCAACCACUACAGCCUGGUGACGGGCCUCUACGCCGAGACGCAUGGUAUCGUGGGCAACGAUAUGUAUGACCCGGUCCUCAACCGCUCUUUUUCCAUGGACACAGACAGCAUGUAUGACCCCGUGUGGUGGGAGCAGGCCAUUCCCCUCUGGGUCACCAUCCAGAACUCUGGAGGGCGGAGCGGCGCCGCCAUGUGGCCCGGAUCUGACGUGAAGAUCCACGGGACGUUCCCAACACGCUACCUCUCGUACAAUGUCUCCGUUCCAUUCGAGACCCGCGUGGAGCACAUCAUUCAGUGGCUCUCGGCGCCCGAAGAGGAGGUGGUGGAUUUUGCGGUUUUGUACUGGGAGGAGCCAGACGAGAGCGGACACAACUUUGGACCCGAGAGUUCUCACAUGGAUGCCGUCAUCGCCGACGUGGACGAGAAACUUGGCUUCCUUAGGAACGAGAUGAAGAAGGCGGGGCUAUACGAGAAAGUCAACCUGAUCGUGACCAGUGACCACGGCAUGACACAACUUUUUUCUGACAAGAUCAUAGAACUGGACGAGUAUGUGAGCCGAGACCUGUACACAUGGGUGGACAAGAGUCCAGUGGUGGGAAUACUGCCCAAAGAAGGGAAGCUGGAAGAGGUGUACAACAAGCUGGCAGAUGCCAACCCCUACAUGGCGGUCCACCGGAAGGAGGACAUUCCACAGCGCCUCCACUAUCGCCACAACAUCAGGGUCAUGCCCAUCCUCCUAGAGGCCACGGAGGGAUGGACCAUCGUGCAGAACAGGAGCACUUCGCUCAUGCAGGGAAACCACGGCUACGACAACACCUUGCGCAGCAUGCAGCCCAUCUUCCUGGCCCGUGGCCCCGCCUUUCGCCAGGACUAUGUCAAGAACUCCAUGCGCUCUGUCGACCUUUACCCCCUCAUGUGCCACAUCCUGUCCGUUCAGCCUCGCCCCAACAACGGCUCCCUCGCACACGUUCAGGACCUCCUGCAGCUGGAGCCCACGGUGUCCACGCCCAGCAUCACCCCCAGGACACAGGACGAGCGCUCCUACUCCCCCGUGGUGGGUUCCCUCCUGGGCGUGGUGCUGGUGCUGGGCUUUCUGGUGGUCUUUGUCCAGCAGGUGACGCGCAAACAGCUGCCCUUGCUGAAGCACAGAAGCAGGGAGAUGUCUCAGCCUUUACUGCAAGAGGACUUGCACCUGUAGCUGCUUGUCAUCGUCCUCCUGGAUGCAAGUGAGACAUGCUGGACUUGGACGCCUUGUGGAGGUCCAACCAAGUGUGAGUCAAAUGUGGCGUAAACCUUUACAUACGCUUUUAGUGGCUUUGCUUUGUUUGUCAACGUCACAUCAUUGUUUGCCGUUAGCUUCACAUCACAGCUGAGAGCCAAGUCCUUGGUAAGUAGGGGGACAUUACACCAGUGGUUCACAACUGGUUUGCCUGUGGGACCCACCAUCACCCCUUAACAUCAAACCUCAACCAAAAUUGCAGACAUUUUUCAACUCCGAUAUCUAAUAUUUAAUGAGAAGACAUUCAAGUACAGUUUGAAUUUGAGGUAGUGCAAAAUAAGGCUGUGUGCCAGCGCUAAACACGUUUCAUGAUCAUCCAUCCAUUUUCUAUGCCGCUUCACUGAGGUCGCGGGGGUACGCUGGAGCCUAUCCCAGCUGACAUUGGGCGAGAGGCGGGGUACACACUGGACUGGUCACCAGGCAAUGGCAGGGCACAUAUAGAAAAACAAUCAUUCACAUUCACAUUCAUACAGUACCUAUGGACAAUUUAGAGUCUCCAAUUAACCUAACGUGCAUGUUUUUAGAAUGUGGGAGGAAGCUGGCACGCACACACGGGGAGAACAUGCAAACUCUAACCAUCCAUCCAGCCAUCUGUUUUCUAUGCCGCUUAUCCUCAUUCAUACCUAUGGACAAUUUAGAGUCGCCAAUUAACUUAAUAUGCAUGUUUUUGGAAUGUGGGAGGAAACCGGAGUACCCGGAGAAAACCCACGCACGCAACGGAGAUUCGAACUCAGGUCUUACCGACCUCCUGGAACAAUAUAUUUUCAUACACAAACGAUUUGAAGAAAACGUGACUUGAGUACAUGGUAUAUGGGAGGAGUGCAGCACUCUUCAGAUAACCAAAAAGUGUAUACAAAUUCAACUUAGUUGCCCAAAAACAUGGCGUGCACCUGGUGACGGCGUAGCAAGCAAAUACCCAGACAAAGACCUGCGACCCACUGAAAAUGGGUUCAUGACCCACUUUUGGGUCGCGGCCCACCAGUUGAGACUCACUGGUUUACGGGACGCUGUUUUCAAUGCAACGUAACAGCAGCAGCACUGUUGUAGUGCUUCAUACUUGUAUGUAUGUACGUAUCACGUGACAUGUAGGCGUACAUACAGUAUGUCAAACUCUAAGCCCACGUCAAUAAUAUAUGGUAAUAUGGCAAUUCCAGUGUUUUUAAUGGUUAUUCUGAUGGGGUGUUGUGUUGCUAAUGCUGCCAUUUAGACAGGAAUGUCAACGUAGCCUAAGUACUAUCUGGACAAGUUGAGUAGGAGGGGUUGUAUGACCACACCCGUCGUCAUCGUUAAGUUCACCAACAGGAAAAGGCGUGAGGAAUGGCGAGUGUCGGAGCAAGACUUGUUCCCUCCUCCUGUGUUGAACCAGAGUAGACCAAUUAGACGCCAGCAAACCUAUGCAAUGCAGAUUUGUGUGUCGUCGUUGGUCAGGCAUCACGUGAUCGGCUCCGUGGAGCUUCUUGAAUGUCCAUGUAGCUUCUCCGCGUGACGUCUUUUUGCGUGUCGUCUGUUCUUUUUGACAUAUUUCUGCGUAGCUGGUUGUUUUUCCACGUCGUCAUGGCCAUCGACGUUUGUUGGUGAAAUGUGCAGUGAUGUCGUUAUUGUCAGUAUUUUCCUAUUUGUUCUGUUUCGGUGUGGCUUCUGACUCUUUCAAGAAAGAGUCGGAACUGUUCCUGCGAUUUGCACUACAUGACCGACGGGGCAGCAGUGGGGUGUUUUGUUUUUGUUUUUGUUAACGUUAUGUACACUUUACACUUCAUCUCGUAGUUGUAAAAAAAACCCACAAAGUUAGGUGCCUCUUGCCAAAAAGCUUUUAAGUCAGUGUAGUUCUAGAAGUUCAAUAAAUACGCGAGUAUUUUGACAGCAUCUUGUAGUCUAGAUGUGGUUAUAGUAAGAUAAGAUGCAUUACCAAAUUACAGUACCUGAGCCUCCCCAAAAAUGCCAACACUGUGAUUGUUUUUAAAUUCCAAACAUUUCUAUGGAAAUUGUUCAUUUUGAAAUGGUUUCAUCAGUGAAAAAAAAAGUCUCUUGCUUACAGAUGAAACAAUGAAAUCCACAAAUAUUUGAAUUAUUUGUGAAAAGAAUGAAUGUCCAAUCAGUUGUAUUUUGUCGCGACCUUAAUUUGGUGUGAAGAUGAGCUACCUUUGCUAUGCUACGGAUUAAAACAGCCUUCUGAAAUAAAAGGGACUUUAAAUAAAGUUGGCAUUUUGUUUUGGGUUUUUUUUUGUGUACGCGUUUGCGAUAAUUAGAUGGUCAGAAAACGCUCACAAUACGAGUUCAUCAUGUAUCAACAAAUGCUCAUUUUUUUAUACUUAAACUUACUUUGGUGGUUGUAGUUUGCAUUGGGGUGCAUUAUUAUAAUAGUGAUUUUUUUUAAGGUUUUAAAAACAUUGACCCCUCAAAGUUCUUAGGUUCACAUUACAACUAUGAAUAAAAAUAUGGAACACAUAAAUACUGAAAAUACUGUAUUUAUAUCCACACAAAAAUAGAACAAUCAACUUUGUAAAAGCAGGGGGGGGGUUGUUCA